GAUGAGAUUCGGCGGUGAUAGCAGAGAAGUUCAGUGAAGGGAAAAUGGCAGAGCCAAUGGAAACCACUCCAUCUUCAGAACCUCUCGACCUGGAUUCCAUUCGCAGCCGAAUAAAGGAGCUCUCGGAACUCCAUACCAGUGCCAAUGAGGAUUUGCCGGAAACUGUCUUGCCUGAUUCGGACAAUUUACUAAAAGAUUGCGUUCUUCAUCUCGAGAGCAAAGUGCAGCAAAUUAUAGACGAGUGCUCCGAUGUUGGUUUCCUUGGCAUUGAAGAUUUGGAUGCAUAUGUAGAACAGUUGAAGGAGGAACUUAAGGAGGUAGAGGCUGACAGUGCCAAGAUUUCUGAUGCAAUAGAGGUUCUUUCAAGAAAAAAUGUUGAAGAAUCAAAUAGACUGGACAGCAAUCUUGAAGCUUUGAACUUUUCACUGGAUUUAGUUGCAUCUCAGAAGGAUCUGGAGAAAGGAGGGGGGGACAUGGACCUGGAUUCUUCUACAAUUCAAGAAGAUCAACCAGAAUCAGAAGAUGCAUAUCAAAGGCAAAAGUUUGAGAUUUUGGAACUUGAUAGUCAGAUUGAGAAGAACAAAGUCAUAUUGGAGUCUUUGCAGGAUCUUGAUGUUAUAUUCAAAAGGUUUGAUGCCAUAGAGCAGAUUGAAGAUGCAUUCACAGGUCUAAAAGUCGUUGAGUUUGAUGGAAACUGCAUCAGGCUGUCAUUGAAGACAUAUAUUCCAAAACCUGAACAUUCAUUUUGCCAGCAGCACUUUGAAAAUAUUGUUGAGCCAUCUGAAAUGGAUCAUGAAUUGCUAAUAGAAAUCAUGGAUGGGACUAUGGAGCUAAAGAAAGUUGAGAUGUUUCCAAAUGAUGUAUACAUAGGUGAUAUCGUAGAUGCAGCAAAGUCCCACAGGCAUCUAUUCUCAAAGUUAGCAGUGAUGGAGACAAGAUCUUCGUUGCAGUGGUUUGUAGGAAAAGUGCAAGACAGAAUUAUUUUAAGCACCCUGAGACGAACUAUAGUGAAGAGUGCCAGUAAAUUAAGACACUCUUUUGAGUACAUAGACAGAGAGGAAACAAUUGUAGCUCAUCUGGCCGGGGGAGUUAAUGCGUUCAUAAGAGCGUCUCAAGGUUGGCCACUUGCAGAUUCACCUUUGAAGUUGAUAGCUGUCCAGAGCUCAGAGCAUCAUUCAAUGGGGAUUUCCUUGAGCUUACUUUGCAAGGUCGAGGAACUGGCAAAUUCCUUGGAUACUUGCACGCGGCAAAAUUUGUCAGGCUUUGUGGAUGCUGUCGAAAAGCUGCUUGUAGAACAGAUGCGCCUGGAACUUCAAUCAGGAGGUGACAUCCCUUAAAAGUGAGACCACAGCACACCUCUUUGCACCAUUAUGCAUAGUUUUUCUAAAUGUGCAAUCUGCCCCCAACUAUCAGGAAAGUAAUGGUUGAGAUACAUUUUAGCAAUAUUUUCUUUGUAAAGAUGGUAUUCCUGUUUCAGGUUGGUGAAAAUCUAUAACAAUCUCAGCAAUGUAAUUUCAAAAGUUUUGGUUUUGAAAAAAGUGUUUUGCAGUCC